ACCGCUAACGCCACCAUCACUUUUUAUACGCUUAGCCCAUAGAAUUUUUUUUAACAUCCUGACAUUGCGUUUGGUCUACUAAUUCGUGUGGUUUUUUAACUAAAAUCUGAUGGAUGUGAGAUCUGUCACGUAAUUGCGAUAUUAGCGGUUACAACGAUUAGAUUAGAUACGUCUUCAUUGUUUAACAAGAGUUUGUUUGAACAAAUUGUAACGAAAGCAAUAAAAAAAAAAUGAGCGAACUCGUUUGGGGAAUAAAAAAUGGUGAUCUCGAGCAAGUUCGGGAUAUCGUUGAGAAUAAGAAUAUCGACGUAAAUCAAAUGAUCGAUGGAAGAACACCAUUGCAUUAUGCUGCAGAUUAUGGACAAUAUGAUGUAGUAAGAUAUCUUUUGGAAAAGGGUGCGGAUGCUAAUGCUACAGAUAAACAUGGGAUAACAACAUUACUUGCUGCAAUUUGGGAAGGGCAUACCCAUUGCGUUAAACUAUUAUUAGAAAAAGGUGCUAAACCGGAUGGAUUAACUCCUGACGGGACAAGUUAUUUGAAUGCUGCCGAAAAAGAAGAAAUAAAACAACUUCUAAGAAUGCACUAGCAGAAAUCUAAACGUAUAUACAAGGCGAUAACUUUUUUUAUUCUAGUAUGUUAAUGUUCUUAAAUAUAAUAUCCGCGCGAUUGCUUUGUUUUUAAUUUCGUGCAUACUUUUUAACUAUCAUAUUUAUCUAUUUUAAAUGAAAGCUAUCAGAAAUAUGUGGGGGUCACAGUUUUAUAACGAUAUAUCGCACACACGGAAGAUAAAUACUUAAUCAGGAAAUUAUUCCUUUUUUUCUUUUUUGAUUAUUAUAUAUUAAAUUUUCAAUUAUAUAUUAAUAAGUAAAUGUUCUAAAUUUAUAUUGUGUAGUAACAUCUUUUUAUGUCUUAUUGUGCAUUUUAAUUAAGUUUAUUAUUUUUUCCAUAUUUAACCAAGUAUAUUGUAGAGAAUAUUUUGAUACAUUCUAUAAAAUGAAUUCAUUUUAAUCUA